AUGCACAGUCCAUCCGGAACACGACCCAAGAAGAGACUCGCCUGCGAUAGAUGUCACGCUCGUAAACUACGAUGCUCUAGUGACCUGGAUGGUUGCACACGAUGUCUUGGUGACGAUCUGGUCUGCACCUAUAGCCCUGCUCUCAAGGUCGGACGACCUAGCAAGGCGUCCAUGGCUGGCAGAGAGAUACUACAGCAAACACAGUCUGUUUCUGACGCUGCGUUUUAUGGCAUUUCCGAUGGAGAUGCAGUGACUGCGGAUUCGGGGAUAUCCAUGCCGCCAUCACCUCCACAGCUCGGCGAUAGUUGCAUUGCAGAUCAUACAGCACUCUUCAGCUCUUUCGACUUUGCCAACACCCUCGACACCUUUAACGCCACACACCCGUUCCUCGACAUGCCCAUGGGUGAAGACCUGUGGCCUCUGGCGACAAGCCCACCUGUUUCUUCGAACGAUCCCAACAUCGAUCCACGUCUAUGUCCAACAAAUGAAACAACGAAUGCAUCUAGCCCGCUUGACAGACUAUCGAGCCUCCAACAGGAGCUUUUACGCACGAAACUGCCACCCGCUCACGCGAGGGGCGUCGGCACUAAACCUCGGCCGGCGAAAUACACAGAAGCAGCCAUGCGACCUAUCCAAGAGACCUUGGGCGCAGUCACCGAGCUAUUACAACAAUGUGUGAAAGAUACUACACGAGAUCCGCAACGCGGCAUCGUCAUCUAUAUCGUGUCAGGAUUGCACGCUGUUCGACUCGCUGGAGUGCCGCGUUGCAGGCCUGGAGAUCGAUCCGCCGUUGAGAUUGAUCUUGCUGGCGACUGUGGUGGACUACCAAUUGAAACAUCUGUACCACACAGUGAGGACGUUUCAGUCCAAGUACAUGCAUUCGGGGAAUCUGGGAAUAGCGGAUUGCAUGUCGUCGUCGACUAUGGCGGAGGUUCAGUCUACCAUUCGGUCGCUGCUGGCGGUGACAAGAAGUACAUUGCAGCAAUCGCAAGAAUCAUAGAUGAAAUUCCAUCAAAGCUGGACGAUCCGUCCCUCCUUCACGAGGAAUCACUAUUGAAUGGCCAAUGGGUCCAAGCUCAGUCCGGAAAACGGUUCGACGUUGAGGAUCCUGGCUCUGGUCAAGUCUGGGCCACCAGUCCCACUAACGAAGUUGCCGAUGUGGACAAGUAUGUUGAAUCGUCAGAAGCGGCCUUCCAAAGCUACCGCCAUAUGAAUCCUCGCCAACGAGCCAAGAUUCUCCUCAAGUGGCACGAGUUCAUCACCAAUGCACGGCAAGACAUCGCCAAGAUUGUCGUCUUCGAGACCGGCAAACCUAUGGCAGAGGCACUCGGUGAGGUGGAUUACGCCCUUGGCUUCGCUUGGUGGUUCGCCGGCGAGGCUGAGCGUAUCAGAGGCUCUGUUGCUCAGCCCUCUAUCUCCAACCGCCGAACUUUUGUUAUCAAACAGCCGAUCGGUGUAUGUGUUGCUCUUGUCCCUUGGAACUUCCCUGUCGCUAUGAUCAUCCGCAAGGUGUCGGCUGCUCUAGCCGCAGGAUGCACCAUGAUUGUCAAACCGUCGCCUGAAACCCCCUUUAGUGUUAUGGCCCUGGCGGACCUUGCCCUUCGCGCGGGUCUGCCUGCAGGAGUACUGAACGUUAUCUCAACUGAUAACAGCAAUACCCCGUCUGUCAGCGAGACACUCUGCAAGCACCCCCUUGUCCGCAAGGUCACCUUCACGGGUAGUACCUCUGUAGGCAGCAUUGUUGCAAGGCAUUGCAGCGAAGGUUUGAAGAAGGUCACCAUGGAGCUGGGUGGAAAUUGCCCUUUUAUCAUUUUUGAUGAUGGCGAUCUUGAGCAAGCAGUUGCAGCACUCAUGAUACUCAAGUGGCGAACAGCAGGCCAGGCUUGCACCCACGCCAAUCGAGUCUAUGUCCAAAGUGGUGUUUACGACAAGUUUGCGCAGAUGAUGCUCGAGGCGACCAAUAAGCUCCGCGUGGGACAUGGAGCUGAUUCUGGUUCUACUAUGGGACCGCUUACUACUAGUCGCGGCGUUGAUAAGGUCAAGAAACAUGUCGAAGAUGCUGUCAGCAAAGGCGGCAAAGUCCUUUGCGGCGGCAAGCAGCCGGAAAAUCUGAAAGGGUACUUUUUCGAGCCUACCAUCAUUUCGGGUAUGACCGCAGACAUGCUCACAACUCAAGAAGAGAUCUUUGGGCCUAUACUAGGUCUGUACAAGUUCGAAACUGAAGAUGAGGUUGUGAAGAAGGCAAAUGACACGUCGAUGGGCUUAGCCUCUUACUUCUUUACCAAAGACGUCUCCCGAACCUGGAGACUUUUGGAAAUCCUAGAAGCUGGAAUGAUCGGGAUGAAUACUGGGAAUGCCUCUUGUGCUGAGUCUCCAUUUGGUGGAAUCAAGUUGUCGGGAUAUGGCAAGGAAGCAGGCAAGGAUGUGGCUAUCGAGGAAUAUCUCAUCCAGAAGACGGGCACUUUGACUGUUGACGAUGGUCCCAAGUUGUGA